AGCGGCAAAUCUCUGUCCGCCUUCGCAUUCACGUUUAGCUCAGCUACGAUGGGAUUCGCAUUAUCGACGGAGGCGUUGAUCACAAAAUCCUACUCCCGGACUCGCCGUUACGAUUUAGUACGCGUUGUACUCAUCUUUGCCAAAAAUCGUAGCGUUGUGUAUCUCCCUGCUCAUCUCUGCCAGGCUCUUCUGACCUAACCUAACCUGAUCUAAGCAUCUGACCAUCGAUAUUUACCUGUCGCUAGUGGAUAAAAUCUUGCUAUUAAUAACAUUUUCUUAUAUUGUGUCAAUUGUUGUUAUAAGCGGAUACAUCAAAUACGUUAUCGCGUCCAUCUAUCUACGUUAUUAUUCAUGAGGUAUUUCGAUCGCAAUGGUAUGCAGUGAUAUGCGUCAACCAGGGCGAAGUCCAUUUCAUUGAUUGGUAUCUCAAUAAUUAGUGCAAUUUUAUCUGAUAGUCUUACCUUUUUUAUAGUAAAACUUUGCAGGAACGAUCAAUUCGUAUAUAAAUUUCAACCCUGUGAAGAACUCCAAUACUAUUUGUUUUAUAUAAAUAUAUUAUAUCUGUCUGUUCAGACAAAAAUCACUGUUAUAAUCUUUCAAAAUCGGUAUAGGUUAUUCGUCGUUUAUAUAGUUAUAUCCUGAUGCUAAUAAUAAUAAUAAUCCAAUAACCCUUUAUCUUCCCUAUUAACAUGCAUAUUACGAUACGAUGAUUUUAACAUGCAUAAAUUGACAUUACCUACCCUUGCACUAUGCAUUAAUAUUGGUAGGCUUAGAUUAUUUCUUUGUUAAGUAAAUUUUGGAUGACAAACAAAAUGAUAUCAUCCAGCUCAAAAGGAGUAUAAGUACUAAUAUGGUUCUUGGCAUCUUUACAUGUGGUUUGAAUAACUUAAUAACAACCAUGAAAGAGUCACAAUAUUGUGUAGUUCCACUUCAUAGUCGGCCUGAGAUGAUAAAAAAUUGCUGUAUAUUAAUCAAUUCUGAGUGGCCUCGAAGUGAAACAGCACGAUUACGAACAUUAAACAUGUCUUGUGAUGAUUUCCCAACUUGUCUUAUACUUCUUAAUGGAGACAGAGUUGUUGGGCAUUGUAAAAUUUCUUUAAUUUCCAGUAUGAGUGAUAGUUGUUUUAUAGAAUCUGUUGUAAUCGAUUAUGAAAGAAGAUCACAGGGAUUAGGUUCAAUAUUAAUGCAGGGUGCAGAAGAAUAUGUUGCAAAAAAGGGUAUUAAAAAUAUUUAUUUAACUACUAGAGGUCAAGAACAAUUCUACUUAAAAAAUGGAUAUAAUAUUUGUGAGCCAAUUAAUUUAUAUGGGUACACCAGUUUCAUAACUUCUUCACCCAUGACAAAAGAGAAAGCAAGGUAUAUAGUAUCAGCAGGUCCUCCACCACCACCUAUGCCUAUUAACGUGAAAAAGCCACAUUUGCCAAUUGUGUCUGCAAAAACGUAUAUGGUAAAAAAAUUGUAACACAAAUAAGCAUGGUACAAAUUAUUAUUAUAGAUGUACAUAUUGCUGUAUAAUAUAUAUGUAUAAACAAAUUUUA